AGAAAGAGGCCCUCCACCGGGCUCGAGGCGGCGGGCGGUCGAGCGGUCGAGCGAGCGAGGGCCCCGGUUCCUCUCGGUGUCCGCAUGCGGCCGUGAAGCGUGCGAGCGGUCGACGCACGCGAGGUCGCCGAGUGCGACGAGAGAGGUAGAGGAGGAUGGAUGGGCUGAUGGCGAACCCCACCCUCGUCACGCUCUUUGCAGACGACGACGUCUCAAAGGAGAGCACCGACCUCGCUGGUGACGCCUCGCUGCCGGCCGGGGAGGGCACGUUUGCAGGUGGCGUCUCCCAGGCGCUGGCGAGCCCCGAGUUUGCGGAGGACGUUUCCCACGCGCAGCUCCUGCAGAACGAGUCUACGCACGGCGGCGAGGCCACGGAGCCGCGCGCCGAGGAGGAGCAGCGCGUGGUGAAGAAGGGCGGCUGGCCCAAGGGGAAGAAGCGCAAGAAGGUGGGACGCGACAGCAACGCCCCGCGGGCGCCGCUCACGGGCUACGUGCGCUUCCUGAACGAGCGGCGCGAACAGGUGCGCGCCGAGAACCCCGACGUCUCUUUCCCCGAGAUCACGAGGAUGCUCGGCAACGAGUGGAGCAAGCUGCCCGCGCAGGAGAAGCAGAGGUACUUGGACGAGGCAGACAAGGACAAGGAGCGAUACAUGAAGGAGCUGGAGAAGUACCAGCAGACGGAGGCCUACAAAAUCUUCAACCGCAAGACGCACGAGAAGAAGCAGAAAAAAGAGGAACCUUGUUCUAUUAACGGCUCAUCAAAUGAGAACGAAGAGGAAUCGAGAGACAAGCUGUCGGUGUUUGACAUACCCAUUUUCACGGAAGAAUUUCUCGAUCACAACAAAGCGCGGGAGGCUGAGCUGCGGCAGCUGCGCAAGACGAACACGGAGUACGAGGAGCAGAACGCGAUCCUGCAGAAGCACAUCGAGAACAUGCGCGCUGCCAUCGAGCGGCUGGAGCGCGACGUGAACGCGGAGCGCGUGCACAACCUGGCACUGCACCAGCACCUGGAGGCCCUGCGGCACGCGCUCACCAAUGGCUUCUCCGCCGUGCCGCUGCCCGGCUCUGGCGAGACGCCGACGCUCGAGACGAUCGACUCGUACAUGACGAAGCUGCACAACAUCAUCCUGGCGAGCCCGCAGGAGAACGAGGGCCUCCUGGCCACGGUGCGCGACGUGGUGUCACGCCUUGACAGCGACAAGCUUUGAAAUGCAAGGGAGCUCCGAGGGGCUUUUGGGGAGGGAAGAGAAGAAAGUGACACGCUGGGUUUUCCAUGAAGUGCGCUCUUCGUGGUCUUUGAAGAGAGAGGAUGCAUUCCGGAUAUAUAAAAAAAAUACACAACGGAAAAAUGAGAACAAAAAAAUGGCAACGGCUAAAACAAAAAGGAAGGCUGACAGCUGCGGCGUAUUUUUCCCGUUGGCGGAAGUCGACGAUGAAAUAUCAAUGGAAUUUUCCACGGAGGACUUUUCACGGCAAAACACAAAAAAAAAUGUCUCGGAGAAAAACCGUCGGCUCGGUCCGCUGAAGAAUUUUCGUCCGAUAUAAGAAUCCUUGGCUUGGGGCCCGUUACCAGAACGUGCUGCUGCUGCUGCUGCAUCUCAUCGCAAACCACCGCUCCUCCUUUCAGCCGAUGCAGAACCGGUCGAGUCUUAAUGCAGAUCCCCCUCGUCUAAUCGAAAACAGCACUUGUGCUCAUCCGACACAGAACCCUCGCCCUGUCCGAUAGAGAACCCCCGUUUCAUCUGACACAGAACCCUAUUAUCACUUUGGGUGCCUUAGUUUUUGGCUCACCACUGGCCACCAGCGUGGUGGGGGGAGCGGGUGGCGCCCCCCCCCUCCUCUACUCCCCCCACCCCCCCCCCCCCCCCCACGGUACAGGUGGUAUUUCCGCUUGGUUAUUUUUGACGCCUACCAAGCCAGAAACAAACCGGGCCACGGUUGGUUCUCGUCAGAAGCCACCUGGAUCGUUGUUGUGGGGGACGCAGCAGAGAGCCUGUGACGACACGUUCAUUGUGUGUGGUGCUGGUCCGUCAGUUGAUUGGUCGAUCGGUCUGUCCAUCGGUCGAUCGGUCUGUCCAUCGGUCGAUCGGUCUGUCCAUCGGUCGAUCGGUCUGUCGAUCAGUCGAUCGGUCUGUCGAUCAGUCGAUCGGUCUGUCCAUCGGUCGAUCUGUCGAUCGGUCUGUCCGUCUGUCCAUCGGUCCAUCGGUCAAUCGGUCUGUCAAUCGGUCGAUUGGUCUGUCCAUCGAUCGGUCUGUCCAUCGGCCUGUUGAUCGAUCGGUCUGUCGAUUGAUCGUUUGGUCGGUCGGCCGGCUGGUUUGAUCGGUCGGUCGGUCGAUUGAUCGGUCGGUUGGCUUGUUCGGUCGAUCGGUCGGUGUGGGCGCUGCGAGGACACGGCGUGGCGCCCGCGCGACGUCGUUGGCAGUGCCAGCGGCACUUUUCGGAACUCUCGGUGCACCGUGGAGCGGCCAGAAGCGCCCAACGCCCCCCCUGCCCCCCCCCCCCCCCCCCCAACGGCCAUGGCUCGCUUUUAAAGUGUAAAAUAAUAAAGUAUUAGGAUGCCGGCCACUCGUCACCCAGCUCAUCGUAGUCCUGCACAAUUUGCGGCAGACUUAUUUGUUCGUAGUCAACGGGGUUAGCUGGUCCUGGCACCGGUGAUGUUGGACUUGGCGCAAAUCUCCCUCCGUGCUCUCGUAAACCACCUGGCCAUCGCUAAUGCAGAGCAGCAGCUGGUCGAACCUGCUAUGAAGGGGGUUCAUUUCUUAGUUUUCUUUUAAUCCCGGAAAGCCUUUUUUUUGUAACAGUGUUGUCGCGUGGAUGGUUUUAAUUACAAUUGUUGUUACUUCAUAACUGUUGGCGUCUCGUUUUUUUUUUUUACCGGAAAUGACAUAAUUUGUACAUUUUAUUUCGGUGAGUGGCUUUUGAUCGACGGCUUCUGUCAAAAGAGCGCAAUUCUAUAUUUUCUCUCUGCAUACGCUGUUUGUUUUCUAACAAACGAUCUGACGGUGGGUGUUGUUUCAAAACAUAAAGAUGUUUUUAAAAUAA